AUGCGAAGCGGCUGGGAUUACCAGAGCAACAGUCUUUAAACAAAGCGGGGGCAGCCCGAGACAGAUUUAACAUGACUUUAAGCUUUUAAAACCAAGGGGAAGAAACGCAAAAUCGCAACAUGUCCCACCAGCAGCGACUCCUCGUCCAGCUCUCCGCCGCCUCCCUCGCUAUCGUCUUCGGCCCGGACGAGGAGAGUCCCCCCGCCGGCGGAGUCCAACUCGCCACCGGGCAGGAGAUAUUCGCCGACUUCAAGGCUCAAAACUCGCGCAGCUUUUGGAAUAAACGACUGGUCAAGGCUGUUUCCGAGGUGCACUUCCAGGGAUGGAUGGAGAACUUGGUGCUUUUUAUUCAAGGGAACGCGAACCAGCUGGAGGUGCUGAGGGAAGCGUGGAUGCGGCGAGCGCUGCGGUCUCCCCGGGGACUUGUCAUCAAGGCUGUGGGUGACCUGUCCCCUCUCCAGAUGGCUCCUGUCCCUCAGUCCCAGUUUAUUCCUCUGGCCGAAGUGUUGUGCUCGGUUAUCUCGGACAUGAACGCCUCUCAAAUCACCGUCAACCAAGAAGCUCUUGUGAAUUUCAUGAGCAAAGCACAUCCAGGGAUAACCAUCCCGACUCAGGACAUCCUCUACAAUGCUCUGGGCACCCUGAUAAAGGAACGCAAGAUUUACCACACAGGCGAAGGCUACUUCAUCGUCACCCCGCAGACCUAUUUCAUCACCAACAACGUGGUCAGAGAGAAAAGUUGGUGGACUGCAGGCUCGUCCGAUGGCCCUCCGUCACCUCCUCCCAUUACUUACCUGUUGAGCAACGACGCCUGUGUUGAGGGUACCCAGGUGCCCCCAGUCGCCCAUUGCAAGUCUUGCAGCUGCUUCAGCCCUCAAAUGCUCACCUCGACCACCAUCACACCUAUCAUACCUCCAUCACCUGCCCCCGACCAGCAUUCUGUUUCUGUCAGCGAAUGCACUGGAAAGAGUUUGAAGUGGCCUCGACCGUUGGACCACAAGCCCGCGGUGCAGCAUCAGUCUACCUCUACGGCUGCGGACUGUCAAGCCAGUGAGAUCAGCAAAGCAACGGGCACGUCCAACACCACCCAGCGCAAAGACAACAAGCCAGGGAGGAAGUUUGGCUUGAGUUUGUUCUGGAGAAACGGUGGUAAAAAGGAGAAGCCCAAGAAGGAAUACGCUUCCUUCUCAGGUCAGUUCCCGCCUGAGGAGUGGCCAGUACGAGAUGAGGACGACCUUAACAAUCUACCUCGGGAUCUGGAGCACGCCAUCAUCAAACGCAUCAAUCCGGAGCUGACGGUGGACAACUUGACUCGCCACACCGUUCUAAUGAAGAAGCUGGAAGAGAGGCGGGAAAGAGCUCUAGAGAGGGCGCUGCAAAGGUCCCCGGACAAAUGUGUCGACAAGGGCAUUUCUACUGAGACGCUAACAGUCUCAAAACUGAGGCACCAUCACUCUACUAAAGCUGCGAGGAGGUUAGCUCAGAAAGCCUCGCGCAGCAAGAGGCGGGCGCACUCCUCCAGAGAGAAGCCAAGAGUCAAAACCAAGGUUUCCAUAUGUCCAGAUGAAUAUCCUGAGGGAGAGGAUUUGAUUCCGACUCGGCUCAGAGUGGAAAUCCCAGUUGAUGAACCAGAUCAAACGGAGGGUGCUGAAGCUUUGGAGGGGAAAUCUCUUUAUAAGAAACGUAUUGAAAACCCCUUCCAGUCCCACGUGACUCCCAACGAGUCGGCAGAAACCGUGGUCCCUGCCGCCGUGAAUCAGGGGCACCGAAGGCGAGAGGCGAAGGAAGGUAAGUCCACUGGCUGCGGCCGAAGAGAACGAACCAGCCAUCGCUCAAAGUCCUGGGACCCGCAUCGCGCCAAGUCGGUUCUACCGGAUAAAGUGGAAAAGUCACCCAGAGCUGAGGACAAGUACAACUCAGAGAAAGAUUUAACUAAUGCCAACGUGGUGCCACCGAAUGUAACAAACCACAGUGACUUCACGACGGACUACGGCCUGGCGUAUCCACAGAGCUGCACGCUCCGCAUAGAGGACAAGGUGCGGCACCACCGAGAGGCAGGCGGCCGGGAGGUGUGGACAGCUGAAGCCGUCUGUCGAAAUAACAACAAUGACCUCGAUGCCUUUCUUCCCACCCACCCAUACGAGUCUGCUGUUAACCCCUCGUAUGACCUGCCCUGGCAGAAGCCCGGGUUGCAGCACAAACACUCCUUAAAACUCCCAAAUCCACCUGGUGACGUUCAAGGUGAUUCUCAUUAUCCGAAUGAAAGGGAUGUAAAGGAGAGUCAAGCAGAGAGUGUCAGUAAAGACGUUCAGGAGCUAACAGAUACUGAUGGUUUAGUGGAAGACGACGCCAGGCUCUACCAAAAAGGAGAAGAUGAUGAGGACACAUGCAGCUCUCUCUACUUGAAUGAUGAGGAGAUGAACGAUGCUGCCAAAGAUUUUUACAAAACUCAAGACAACCCCGAGCUGAACUACGGCUCCCGUAGCUCCAACAGUCAGAUAUAUCUCUGCAGCACGUAUCCAUCUCAUGUUUCUCUGAACUCAGAAGACAGCACCCUCAACUGUCAGCUGAGCAAAGCCUCAUAUCACCUUUCAAGAUCCGGUUCAGCGACAUCGCCAUGGUCGCAAAAUAACCUUGUCAAAGCGCAAGAAACCUUCAUCCUCAAGGAGUCCAGCAUCGACUGGGAUGGCACCACUGAGAACGGCGACGUGGCUGACAGCAGCAUCUUCGACUACUGCCAGACCAGUGAGAUCGACUCUGAUGCCGAGACGGUUCGCAAGUCCACGGAUGAUGGCAGAAGUGAGUCUGUCCCCUGGACAGCUGGACUGGAAGAGAGACCAGAGGAGAGUUCAGUGGAAGGGAAGAGCGUCACGCCUCAAGAGGCUGGCUGUGGAACUGCAGGGCCACGAGGCGGGCCGACGGUGGAACUUGGAGAGAACCUGAGCAUCACUGGAGACAGUGGGAUAGAUUCUCCUCGGACACAAGUGAGCCUGGCCUCCAGUAACACCGUGCUCCUGGAGGGACUGAAGAGGCGAGGCUUUCUAACAAACCUGGAGAAGCUGCACUCCAAGAGCAGCACCAUCCGACCACAGAGCUCGCUGCUGCAGCUCACUCCUGUCAUGAACGUCUGAGUUCAUUUGCAGAGCCCAUCGAUGCAGCUGAGACCUGGGUGACUUCUCCUCCACUUCAAGAUCACUUUGUGUACAGAUGUACAGUGUACAGAGCCUCUUUUGUAAUUCAAAAUUCUGCAAUUGAUUUGAUCUUCGUAUAGUGAACUGUGUGAGUUACUUUGCAUUGUAGUGACAUUCUUUUUGGGGAAAUCCAGUUUUCAUAGUUUCAUUUCCUAAAAUAAA